ACCACAAGCGAGGGACCCGGGGCGGGGCAGGAGGAAAAAACAAGAGAGAGAAGGCGUCUCUCUCUCUCUCUCUCUCCCUCCUCCCUCGCCGUCCCCAGCCUCUCGUCUUCGCUGCCUGCGAAAGGUGGGAGCCUUUGCUUCUCCGCGUGAAAUUUUUCGGUCGAAUUUUUUUUCCGGCCUCCGCUCUGGUCAGAUCGGCGCGGGAGUUCGUCAUGGCAUCGAAGCGUAUCCUGAAGGAGCUGAAGGACCUGCAGAAAGAUCCCCCCACAUCAUGCAGUGCAGGCCCUGCUGGUGAGGACAUGUUUCAUUGGCAAGCAACAAUUAUGGGACCGCCUGACAGUCCCUAUGCUGGUGGUGUGUUCUUAGUGAACAUUCAUUUCCCUCCAGACUACCCCUUCAAACCACCAAAGGUGUCUUUCAAGACAAAGGUCUUCCAUCCAAAUAUCAACAGCAAUGGGAGUAUAUGCCUUGACAUUCUUAAAGAGCAGUGGAGCCCUGCUUUGACAAUUUCUAAGGUCUUGCUCUCCAUCUGCUCCCUGCUGACUGACCCCAACCCGGAUGACCCUCUUGUCCCCGAGAUUGCCCACAUGUACAAGACGGACCGGUCGAAGUAUGAGUCGACAGCCCGCAGCUGGACACAGAAGUACGCAAUGGGCUGACAAAGCACCUCUGCAGCUCAAUCGGCGACGGCUCUCGUGCCGUCUCAAGAAAUUGUCCGUGGGCCAUUAUUUCCUUCGGUUUGUUGCUGGUUGUGUGUAUCCCCGAUCCAUCUAGGAUCGUAUUGUAGUCGAUGUCCACCUACCACCCUUGCCAUCCAUAGUGAGAUGGUCGGACAUGCUUUGGCUAUGCACCUAUGCUUGCUGGGAAACCUUCCUUCGGGUCGGUGCUAUUCGGUAAAUGUUAAUCGAAGACAUUUAUUUCAUUGCCUCUGGCUCUGUCAGGCAUGUCCAUUUUAACCA